GUUAAUUAUAAGCACCUUCAUGAGAAUAAUUGACAAGUUUCAGAUUAUGGAGUUUCAAGCAGUAAUUAUGGCAGCUGGGAGAGGUUCUCGUAUGCUAGAUUUAACAUCUAAAAUACCUAAACCUUUAUUAUCUAUCGCAAACAAGCCGCUGAUAUGGUACUCUGUUAAUUAUUUAGAGAAAUCAGGGUUUGAAGAGGUAACAAUAGUUACCUUAGAAUCUCUUAAAGAAGAUAUUUUCAGAGCUUUGGUUGAAGAAAAUGAUGUUCAAAUUGUAUUGAAUAUAAUAGGUAUCAAAGAUGAUAAUGAAUGGGGAACAGCUGAUUCUUUAAGAUUUAUUGCUGAUAAAAUAAAUUGUGAUAAUAUAUUAGUUAUCAGCUGUGAUACAAUCACUUUUAUACCUCUUCAAUUGUUAGCCAAUGUUCAUCGUACUAAAGAUUCUAGUCUAACUGUUCUGCUAACAUCAAGGCCCUCUCAAAUUCCUGAUGCAAAUAUAGGACCAAAAUCAAAAAUAAAAUAUGAACGGGACAUUAUAGGUUUAAAUGAUGAAGAAAGAUUAUUAAUAUAUGGAGCUGAGGCUGAUUUUGAAGAUAAAAUUAUAUUAAAGCAUUCAUUUCUGAUAAAUUAUCCAAACUUCAAUAUAUAUACAACAUUGAUGGAUUGUCAUAUGUAUAUGAUAAAAAAAUGGAUAAUAACAUAUAUAAUUGAAAAUAAAAAAAUAUCCUCAAUUAAAGGGGAUCUGAUACCUAAAUUAAUUCAAAAACGCCCUAAAAUACUUGUUUCUCAGUAUUCGUCCGAUAAUCUAAACAAAUCUUUUUCAACCCAAAGCUCAGCUCUAAAUUAUAUUACAAAAAAUCUUGACCUAACCAUAAUAAAUGAUAACUCGGAUAAUUUGGGCUCUUCUUACCUAACACCCUCUCUACAAAUGGGUGAUUCUAUCAACAAUACGCUUAGUAAUUCUCCAAAACAAUCAGCUAUAUGUUAUGAUCUAGCUUCAAAGCCAUACUUGGACACUUUUUACAAAAAUACCGAAACCCAGGAAAAAUCUCAUACCCUGCCUAAUUUUUUCGCUUACGUUUAUAGCGAAAUUCCUAGCUCUUGCAUUAGGGUCCACACUUUCCACGAAUAUUGCUUAGCUAAUAAAUUAGUUGCAAAAUCUAGUCAAAUGUUUUUCGACGAUCAAAAAUUGCAACAUAAGAGCAAUUUGCCUCCUGACGCAAAUAUACACAUAUCGAAUGAUUCUCUUUUGGAACAAUGUACCCUCAAGGAAAACGUUAACAUUAAAAAGUCUAUUAUAGGUAAACAUUGCUCUUUCGAAAACAACGUUAAAAUCACGAAUUCUAUCAUUGGCAAUCACGUCAUAAUACGGGAAAACUCAAAUAUUAACAAUUCAGUUAUUUUAAACCAUUGUGAAUUGGGAAAAAAUUGCGAAAUCAAAGACAGUUUUAUAGGAUGUUCACAAAAUUUGCCAGAUAAAAGUAAAAUGGUUAACGAAGAAUUGCUGGAUCGAGUGUUUAUGGAGAUAUAAAAUAUAUUAUUAAAAAUGUUAUAUUGUUAUAAAAAAAUCAUACGUUUAAAAAUAUUUUUAUGUUCAUCAUGUAAUCAAUUACACAUUUUUUUUAUAUUUUGUAUAAAUAAAAAUAAU